AUGGCAGCAGACGACAACGCCGCCAACGCGCUUCUCCAAGUUGUUUUGGAGGAUGAUUUUGAAGAAUUCAUGGAGGCGCAGAGGCGAACCAAGCGACGAAGAGUCACCGAGGUGCUUGGAGCCCUCAAAGAAGUCAUUUGUGAAGAUCCCGCUAGACCGUCGGACUCCGACCGUAUCCGGGGGAUUGAGGGAUUUGUCUCCGAUGUUGUCCCUCGCUACACAGAUACCCAAUUCAAGGAGCAUUUCAGGAUGCACCGUUCGACGUUCGAGGUCUUGCUCCAAUUAACUGAACCUAACCUAGCCAAGACCAUUGGAGUCCGGGUGCCAACAGCCACCAAGGUCCUCAUGACGUUGUGGCUCUUAGGAAAUCAGGAAUCGUACCGUGGCGUCGCUGACAGGUUUGGUGUACACAAGAGCACCCUCCACUUCGUGGUCUACGAGAUUGUGUUGGUAUGGGCACGGUGUGCACCCUCUGUAAUACAGUGGCCCACGCAGCUUGCCCAGGUGGCCAGCCAGUUCGAACGGAAGUGGAGGCUCCCAGGCGUUGUGGGUGCCGUGGACGGGUGCCAUGUUUCUAUCAAGGCUCCCAAAGAAGAGCAGUCUGCCUUCUACAACAGGAAGGAGUUCCACUCCGUUGUGCUCCAAGGCUGCUGCGACAGCAGGAUGGUGUUUACACACGUGCAUGUGGGAUCCCCGGGCCGGAUGAACGAUGCACGCAUCCUCACCAAUUCUGGGUUAGACGACAUUCUUAGCGCCCUUCCCGAGGACCUCCACAUCCUCGGCGACUCCGCUUAUCCCCUCGGGGUGAACCUGAUGCGUCCUUACAAGGACAAUGGGCAUCUAACGAGGAGACAAAGUAAAUUCAACACAACAUUAGGUGCCUCGCGGUCAGUGAUAGAGCGGGCCUUUGCCCAAUUGAAAGGAAAGUUUCGACGUCUGAAACACCUAGACAUGGACAACCUUAACAUGGUUCCCAUGUUUGUGAUGGCGGCGUGCGUUCUUCAUAAUGUCAUUCUCACGUCUGCAAAGCCCUUUGUUCUUUGCACGGAGGAACUAGAGGAUCCAUGCCUGGUGCGCAAACAACCAGACAUGACAAGAGCGCCUUCUGCUGCAAAAGCUAAACGCGACGCAAUCGCUAGCUUGCUGCACCCUGCAUGCACCUGAAGAAUGAGGUUGCCAUGUUACAGACCACUGUAUCUCUUCAGCUCCUCGGUUCUCAACCUUUAGCAAAACUAAAUUGAUAAAAUCGGUCAAUAAUAAGGCAAUUGACUAGAACACAUUUUUUGUUGCUCGAGUAUACUUUUUGGAGAGUUUUACCAAUGUUUCCCCCUCCUGCUUUUUCCUGUCUUUUAUGCCCUUAUUACAAUUUAUUAGAGCUACAUAUUCACAUUGUUACUCCACAAGUUCUUUUGCAAAAGUUUUGCGAAU